CCGCGCUUGCCACUUGGACUGCCACCUGAUGACCAACGGCUCCAAUUCGCAUGAAUGCCGACUCGAUUAUCGACGAGGCCAAGGCUACUGACGGCGCUUGCACAGCCACGACCGUCGAGGACAUUUUGAACUCGCUUUGCCUCGAUCACGUCACGGGGCUUUAUGUGAAAAAUGCGUUCUCUGCCCUUCUCAAACUGUUGCGGAAUCGAGAGGGCGCCGUGAAUAUGCACCGCGCGUGUGGCGAGCUCACCGUCAUGGCGAUGCUUCGGGCAAAAGCCACCGUUGCCGUUGUUCAGUCGUACGGGUUUGUGCUCAUGCGCAAGCUCUGUUGCGUUUGUAUGGAGAGCAAUCACAUUUUGGUCGAGAAUGGCGCGGUGACCGUGAUCGCCGAGGCGCUGCGCCGCUUCCCCAACGACACAAUCUUGCAGGCCUCUGCUUGUGGUGCCUUGCUCCCGUUUGUCAAGUACGCAGCCCCUGGCAGUGUGGAUGCCCUCCUGUCGUGUGCCAUCCUUCCCCUACUUGUUCGACUCCUUGUCUUCCAAACCGACCAGCAUCCGUCGCAAAUCACGAUCUACGCAUGCCUUGUUCUUGCCGAAGUGUGCGAUCGAAGGGGGCAAACCGCCAUUCACCAAAUACGGCACGCGUCGCUGACUGCCGGCGACGACGAAUGGAUGUUUCUGCACGCGUCGUUGACGAUUCUUCGAGGAAGUUUGCGCCACGACGAUGGCCGAAAACUAAGCUGCGCCGUGAGCACAUUCAUCUUGUGUUUAAUGUCGAUGGACCGAGUGGUCACCAAGGUCGUCGAGGAACUGGGGGGAAUCCCGACCGUGUCGUCGGCCAUGGUCAAAUACGCCAACGAUGCAGGAAUCCUCAAGUACUCGGACACGGUGUGCCAGCAACUGGCCAAGGCGGCGUCGCCAUCCCCAAAGAAAGGCACCCAUCGCCCACCGAAAGGCUCCAAAACGAAAGCCCGCGCGACCGACCGCGUCGUGCUCGACGUCCAAUUGCCUAUCGUGUCAGCAAUCCCUCCUCACAGAGACAUUCAAGCCGCCGUCCAGAUUACCGAGAGCCACAUGGUCCAGGAAAACAAGGUCAUCGCUGCGUAUGGGGGUGCGCCGUGCAAACAGCACCUGCCUGGCGACUCGGACGUUCUUCGCCAUGCCACGAAUCGCUUUCGCCCGAGUCCGUCCGACCCGAACUUGCCUUUGCUCGGACAUUUCGCAUCGGGCGAUGGAAAGCACGAGGCAGAUGCAAAGCGACCUUCCAGACCAGCCAAACCUUCUUCAAAGCACGCUCCGACGACCGCACCGAAAGUAUUCUUGGCCCCAGCGAUAGACGCUCCCCCCGCAUCGUCCCCAAAGAAAAGACAAACCAGUGGAGCAUCGCCCCAAGCCAAGAAAGGCGGACGGUCGGUGAACGACGCGCAGAAAACCAACGUGUCCACAAGGCAGACCAGCAACGCGGCCAUCGACGUCACGGUGGCUGCGAAAGCACCGCCCGCGCGAUCCAGCAGUGUCGGGGUGUCUCCCCGGCUAGCUACGCCCAAAGUCGUCGUGGAGCACGCGUGGGGCGACCCAUUGGAAAACCCUUCCCAACCGACGAGCCCUGUCCGUCCAAGUCACCGCAAAUUCGCCCCCGCAGCUCCCGCCGGCAACGGGGCUAGCGUGUUUCGAUUUCGGCAUGCUGUGGGGACAUCCGGUCGUCGUAGUCCCGUGGUGUAUGACUCGACUGGAGAGUACCCACAUCUAGUGAAACGUGCCACAGCCCCUUCAAUCCACCAACGACCACCCCCAGAAAAGAAGAACGACUCCAUGACUGCGAAGCUCUCCUCCGAGCAACAAGCUCCUUUGUUGAGUGAUCUUGCCGAUGUCUGCCAGUCGUCCGUGGCGGACGAAUCGUCCUUCGUUGCGACAUCUCGAACGAAUGGGCCUCCCGACCACCGCCUGCUUGACGGUCCCUCCAACACGCCUCUGGCGUUGUCUGAGAUGGCCGGUGAUAUGACCCAAGCACCUGCGUCGGACUCUGCUGGCGGUGUGCCACUCACCCACCCGCUAAUGGAGCUUCCCCGACACGAGGACCCGCUCCAUGCAGAGGAAGCAAGGUCUCGCCAGGUCGACCCAAUCUUUGUCGCCAAGCCAUGCGUGGUCCACCUGCCCUGCCACGACGAAGACGCAGCGCCCGUCCACCUAGAUCCUGCCAUGCUGGACUCGAUUCUCGGUGAGGCCAUGGCAAAGGCUCCUCCGUCCGGUCGGCGAUUUUUGCCAAUGACGCCGGCCAAUACUUUUGUCGGGUUGGAAAAUGCUGGCAUCCCAUUACCAGGAUGCAGCCCAAGUCCGGUUCAAUCACUAAACGUUGGUGUCGUCCUCGAUACCGAAGCCGGUCAUGACGUCGAGGUCUCGCUGCUGGCAUGUCAACUCGCUCGUUCAUGGUUGUACGAUGGAAUCGUUCGAGUUUGCGAUCCGCUCAUCCACCGGGCUCGCGUGGAUGUCCAGACAAUUGAUGUCUCCCAGCAUCCAAGGGAGUUGUCCUCUACGAAGGCCCCGCAGUCAUCACAAGAGGCUCGUGGCGCCGCCGGGAUGCACACAACUGACGACGUCUCAGUUCUAGUCUCCCUCCUUGCUGGGCAGCUUGUUCGGGGGUGGAGCUUUGGCGCGCAGGAUCGGAUCCUGUCCCAGCACGACUGUGCCCAACAGAAUGUUACAACUCUGGAGCUAAACGAUGGAGACGGGGAGCCGAGGAUACCUGAAGCCCCUGCGAUUCAGACCCUCCUGCCCACGGCCAUGGAAGACUAUACCGUGGCGAUGGCUCGAAUUGCCAAACAGCUUGUGGACAUGUGGCUCUACGACUCGGUGGAGCGCAUGGUGUCGAAGGCCGAGGUCGUUUCCCCCACGCUUCGUCCUAUGUGCGGGAUCGCCCUGGAAGAAUCGUGCCAGCCCGCCCAAGACGUGUCCGCGGCGUUUCCGUGUCAGCAACAAGAGCUGGAGAAGCUCGAACAAACCGGAAUCGAUGCCGUUGCAUGCAGCGUCGUCGAUGCCACGUCAGGAACGGGCAAUUCGAGGUCGGCAUACGGGUCUAACCAAGACGACGUGUGUGUUUGGACUGCCAGAACGGCAAGCCAGCUCGUCCGAAGUUGGACCCACGAUGCGUUGGAUCGAUUGGUGUACCGCACAGCGCGCGCAUCGAACGGACGACAAGUGGACGUGAAGGAGCCUCGUUUUGAAGACGACAGAGCCGACGAUUCCAUCGAGCUGAACGAGACGCGUCAUGGGAAGCCGAACGAACAACAUCUUGAUCGCUCUGUCCAAGCCGACCAAGCUGAAGCCCUCUCCGUGCAAGUGUCGAUGGUGGCGAGCCAACUCGUGCGUGGGUGGCUAUUUGCCUGUGUCAAUAGUAUGAUGCAAUCGGUCAAGCCACUUGACAGCCAUGCAAGCCCUGCCCUGUUGUUGUCCAAGACGAUUCUCUCGACGCCACAGGCGCCAGUCGGCUUGCUAGACGACGACGCCGUCGUCGUGUAUGUUUCUGUGCCGUUCAUGGCCGCGCAACUGGUCCAGUGCUGGAUAUACGAGACAAUCGAACGACAAAGCACGAGUGCUGGUCGUCCACUCGGCGGUAGUCCUCUUGGUUGCAUUGCACGGGGUGCAGGGGAAGCGAUCGAACGACAGGCUGUUGAAUCAUGUCAGCAUGACCUGAGUGUGGCAUCGUCCGUGAUGGCCCAGCGCCUCGUACAAGCAUGGAUUUACGAAACCCUGGCAAACAUCUCGCUCGUUUCAACGACUCGGCAUGACGUUCACCACGAGCUUUCUCCACCACCCGUUUCCCAAAACAAGUCGACACAUGGGGCCAACGUCGCGUCCGCCAGGGUUGACACAAGCCAAGAUGAACAACGCCACAGCGUCCACUUGAGUUUGCUGGCCAGCCGCCUCGUGACGGUUUGGAUCGUUGACACGGUCGAUCGCUUGUCGCAGAAUCGACUGGUCGUCGGGGGGAGCCCCGACAAAGAGUACGCCCGCGAUGACGACUUUAUCGACGAAGGAGACAUGAGCGCGCUGCCACUCGCGUGCACGGCGCCCGUCGAUGCCAUCCACGAAGCCGAUGCAGACGAUGACUUUUGUGUGGACGAUUCGAGCCCCCGUUGUACCUCCCACGCGUCGGUACCACGAGAAGUCUCCCUUCACGACGACCUGUCAAGCGACAAAGUGAGCGUUUAUGUGUCGAUACUGGCUCACCAAUUGAUUCAGUCGUGGCUUUACGGCGCAAUCGCUCGGAGGUGCGCUGGCCUCGCUGUAGACAAUGGGCCUAUGGCACCACCCCCACGACUCAAGGUAUGUGGUGAAGUCGACAAGGUGACGAUGGCGGAGCCACACGCCACGGGUCUGUCUGUGGCAGCCUCCGUGCUGGCUGGUCAGCUCGUGCAAUCGUGGAUCUUUCAAACACUUGAGAAUGUUGUGCUCUUUAAGACACAACCAGUCGAACAAGCGCGACUUGCUCAAGUCGCAGCCAACUCCGGCGAACGUGUCGCCCUUCCACAGAAGAGCGAGCCUAGCUGUGUCGCGUACCUGCAGCCAGAUGACCAGAACGCGUGCGACGGGAAUGACGAGAACUGCCCCGUUCUCGUGGCCCUUGUUGCAGAUCGAGUCACCAAGGCGUGGAUAUUGGAAGCCGUUCUGAAUGUCACGGACGCGUUGCUGCCGCCCCUUGCGCUCACGCCGUCCAUGGCAAACGUCGUCGUAGUGGACGAUGGCAUCCGUUGCCAAGGCAAUUCUGCGACCAGCAUCCCCCCAAUCCUGUUCUUUGACGAGGGGGAGCUACGCCACGUCGACUCGUGCGACUUCACAGCGGCUGCUGAAGGGAAGACGCCCCUCGUUCGGGUAUCGCUCUUGGCAUCUCAGCUCGUCGCAGGGUGGGUGUACUUGACCAUGGACGAGGUCCUUCGCUUUUCAACCUGUCGCUCAAACGGCCAUGUCUCGGCUACCUCGUCACCAUCAUCGCCACGUGGGCAAGCGAACGAGAUGCUCCAUGGUAUGGGUGUCGACGGUGUCGGACCCAGUGAAACUGGUAGAGUCAGCGCGUACGACGCUGUCGACGGCACGGUUGCCAUCUCGAUGAUGGCCAAGCAAUUGGUCCAUGGUUGGGUGUACGAGUGCUUGCUUUGUGUGGUGGACUUGGCCCUUUCGAAAUCCGCGCAGGCACCCAUGAUCCAUGACACGGCGAUGGCGCUCGUGGGUACCGAUGACGCGACGAUGGACGACGGCGCCGACGUUGUGCUGGAGGACCGACCUGUUGCCGUCUCUGUUUUCACGGGCCACCUCGUGCGGCUGUGGUUGUACGAGGCCGUGGACAAAAUUGUUGAGUUCUCGUCGCUGCAUCCUGACCACGAAGUGGUGGACGACGUGUCCCUCCACGGCCUGGGCGAUGAACCACGUUCCAUUCGAUUCAUCGACACCACCAAGGUCCCCGAGUCGACAGCUCUAUCCCGCGACGACCGACUCGACAGCACGAGUGACGAGUCGUUGGAAGUCGCGCUGCUUGCGAGCUUGCUGGUGCGUGCUUGGACAUCCGACGCGAUUCGAAACAUUGUGGAGCGGUGUCAACCCGACGGGUCGGCGCACAAGACAACGGUCAACAGCAUCGGGUCUGCCGCGAGUGACGGCCGUGAACGUCAUUUGGAUGGACCAACGUGCAGUAAAUUUGUCCCGGUGGCAGCCGACUGUCCAUGGACCAACCGAUCGGAUGGAUCGAACGACGAUGUGUCGUUGGAAGAAGUGCUGCUGUCGAACCUCCUCGUUCGCGCGUGGAUGGGAGAAGCCGUGCUCCGCGUCAUGUGCUCUGCCGGCACUUCCUGCGAGACUGUGCUGACCAGCGACUCCUUCCCUGUCGUCGAUGGCUAUAACGCGUUAGCAUCCGAGAUCGAUCCACCAUGCGGACAUGAAACAUGGACAGUCGGCGACGACGAGGAACGCGACGGCGCCUUCGAAACUGGUACAUCAACUGAGGCUCAUGGGUCCAUGGAAGCUGUGUUGCUGGCCAACCUUCUCGUCCGCGCCUGGACAGCCGAAGCCAUGCUGCGCAUCAUGGACGCAACCCCUCCCAGUGAGCCAGUCGCGGCCUCGACGCCAGCCCCCAACGCUCUCCCCGACACCAACCAUCCCUGUGCAUUCGACAUGGUCGAGUCCUCCACUGCGACUUGCUGUCCUUGUCGUCCCAUCGAGGUUGAAGCCUCUCGCGCAUCUGCCGCCGACAACGUACCGUUGGAACUCGUGCUUCUUGCCAAUCUCUUCGUGCGGGCAUGGACUUCGGACGCCAUGCAACGAGUCCUGGACUCUACAACGACCUGUGACUUGCCACCGCCCACGACGUCGCCCGAGGGCUUGCAUCAACUCGAACCAAAACAGCCCAAGCGACCGCCGUCACCACACGAUGGCCUCCAUGGUGACGUUGUGAGUCAUACAGCUACCAAGCCACCACUCUCACCCAGAUUACCUGACACGAUCGCCACCGACGGCGAAGUGGGGCACGACAUGACAUUGGAGAUCGUCUUGUUGGCAAAUCUGCUCGUACGUGCGUGGGUAGCCGAGGCAUCCAUGAACGUCGUCGACGCGGCCGUCGAGGCGACUCAAAAUCCAUCGCUUACAUCCACUCGGCUCCUUACAAAUGCGAAUCCUUUGGCGGGCGAUGGAGGCACGUCGGUCGUGGCGUCCACCGCUUUAGACGACGACCCACGACCGAAACAUUUCCUUCCAACACGGUCCACCACACAAAUGGUGGGCACUGCAGCCACCCAUACCGCCAGUGCGAGCGACGAGACUGGAGUCCAAUUCGAGAAAGACUCGAGCUUUCAAGACUUUUCGCUUGAAGUUUUUCUUUUGGCCAACUUGCUCGUGCGGGCGUGGGUGGCUGAAGCUACGGAGCUUGUGAGCCGGUCCGCGCUAUUGAAGGGCUGCGUGAUCCAGUGCACCGUUCCAGACGAGGUCACACGUCUUGAAUCGAAGCAAGAGACUCAUGUCGAGGUGCCCUUCGCCCCGUUUGUGUCCCCCGUCGCCAUCCCAACCCGACCCAGUAUCGACUUGGACCAGCACCACAUUGCCGCGAUCUUCACCAGGUGGAACUCUGGCGACGUCAGCCACGUUUCGUUUCGACGGCUGGAAGGAGUCUACUUGAAAGGGGCAGCGUGCGUGGAAGACUGGAUUCAGGCGUACGUGGCUGCCCCCGUGGCGUCUGCAAUAGCGCACGUCGGGACUUGCCAGUGUCCGCGACAAAUGGCCCAUCUCGACGACCGCGACGACGAAGUGGCGAUCGCGUUGCUGGCGUCGCAAAUGACGCGGUAUUGGAUCUUUGAAGCGUUGUUUAACGUGUCCAAGAAACAGCUUCAGCACGCGCUAGGCACCACCAAGACAUGGGGGUAG